AUGUACCUCUCAAUCAAAUGUUCCAACCCCAUUUCCAAGGUCCCUUCCCUUAAUUUUCUGCCAGCAUCACGGAAUGCUGUGUCUGGGCUAUCUGCUGCUACCUUGGCAUCUCUUGGAGGGACAUCUUCGCGACGGGGAAGUAGUGAUACAGGCAGCCUUAUAGAUCCGGACGUAUCUUUUAGUGAAUUGCGGGAUUCAAUGUCUGAUGUAGAAGAAAAGUAUAAGAAAGCUAUGGUGUCCAAUGCACAGCUUGACAACGAAAAGACUAAUCUUAUCUAUCAAGUAGAUACUCUAAAAGACAUCAUAGAAGAAAUGGAAGAGCAAAUGGCAGAAUUUUACAGGGAGAAUGAAGAGAAGACAAAGGAACUCGAAAGGCAAAAGCAUUCAUGCAGUGUUCUCCAGCACAAAUUAGAUGAGCUUAAAGAAGGUAUUCGCCAAAGAGAUGAACUCAUAGAGGAAAAUCAGCAUCUGCAGCAAAAAGUAGGCUUCCUAACCCAAAAAGCAUUUGACCUCCAAGAAACCAUUAACUGGAAGGAUAAAAGGAUUGGGGCUUUAGAAAGGCAGAAAGAAUACUUUGACUGCAUUAGGAAUGAGCGUGAUGAACUAAGGGAGGAGAUGUCCAUCUUGAAGGAAAAAUUAAAGAUAGGAGAGAAACAUGGACUAGUGGUAAUCCCAGAUGUCACUUCUAAUGGAGAUCUAAGUCAAGAGCCAGUUGUUGGUUCAGUAACUGUUGUAUCACAAGAAGCUGCACAAAUGCUGGAGUCGACAGGAGAGGGACCUUUAGAUAUAAGGAUAAAAAAACUAGUAGAAGAAAAGGAAGAACUAUUGUCACAGGUUAGAAAGCUGAAAUUACAACUGGAAGAAGAAGAACAGAAGACUUCUAAGACAGAAAAUAUGCUUAAAGAGUCAGAAGGUUUAGCGAAUGGCUCUGAUCUACAGUUCAUCGAAAUGCAAAGGGAAGCCAGCAGACAGCUUAGUGAGUAUAAAUUCAAACUCUCAAAAGCUGAACAGGACAUGGUUACAGUGGAGCAAAAUGUUGUUAGACUUGAAGGACAGGUUACCCGAUAUAAAUCUGCAGCAGAAAAUGCAGAGAGAAUAGAAGAUGAAUUGAAAGCAGAAAAAAGAAAGCUUCAGCGUGAGCUACGGACAGCACUAGAUAAAAUUGAAGAAAUGGAAGUGACCAAUAGUCACUUAGUCAAGCGGCUAGAGAAGAUGAAGGCCAAUAGGAAUGCACUUUUAUCUCAGCAGUAGAGACAGAAAUGGGUAUCGUACAGCUUUGCUAAACAUGCCUUCUUUCUGCAUUGUAUUGCAGCACCUCCUCUUCAUGGCACAGUCAUGUAUGCACCCUUGAACAUUGAGCUGUUGGUUUAAAACAGUCAAGUGUGUAAAAUAUAUUUGCGUGCAAUUUAUGAAAGAGCAGUACCUGUCAAUUUGUGCUUGUUCAGCUGUAAGGAUUUGGUCCAUUUUUCUUCUGGGCUGAUUUUGAGCAGUUGCAGUGAUCACCAAGUCAUACCUGUGAAAUGGCAGAAAAUAAAAAGACGCCAUCUGGGGGCCAUUAUCUUAACUUUGGAACUAACAAAUUUCAGAACUACAUUUCUUUACUCUUAAUUCCUGGUAAGAUGAGUUCUAAAAGACAAAUUUGUGGAUAAAUUAAUGUGUAUGUGUUUUGAGAUGAAGAUGUCUAAAUGCAACAGCUGCAGUUCUUUACCUUUCAUAAAGCAGGGUACUACACA